UUCAGCGUCAACAGACCAAGAUGGCGGUCCCUACAAAGCAGUACGGACUGAUCUUCCCACAGAAGAAGGGAGCAUCAAAGUCAGCAGUCUUGUCCAAACCCUCUGUGUUUGGGGAUGAUUCUGACGAUGAAACUUCAGUUGGUGAGAGUUUGCAGAGGGAAGCUAUCAAAAAGAAAAUGAUGAAGCAGACUCGUUUAGAGAUGCAGAAGGCUCUUGAGCAGGACAGCACUGUGUAUGACUAUGAUGGUGUGUAUGAUGACAUGCAAAAACAGAAACUUGAGAGCAACAAAAAUAUUCUGGGAGGUGCUGACAAAAAGCCAAAAUACAUUCACCAGUUAAUGAAAGCAGUAGAAGAUAGAAAGAAGGAACAGGAGCGAAGAGAGGAGAGGAAAAUUCAGAAAGAAAGGGAAGCAGAGGGAGAGAAGUUUGCUGAUAAAGAAGCUUAUGUGACAUCUGCGUAUAAGAAAAAACUGGAGGAGCAAAAAGAGGAGCAGGAACGAGAAAAAAGACAGGCAGAGAUUGAAGCUGCUUUAGAUGUGAAGAAGCAGAAAGACCUGAGCGGUUUCUAUCGGCACUUGCUGAAUCAGACGGUUGGAGAGGAGGCCAUACCUGAUCGCUCGACAAACAACAGCCAAACUUCAAAAGUUUCCGAAGAGAUUGGGAAGUCAUCACCUGUUCCUUCACCCACAUCUCACGGGAAUGUCCCAAGUUCAGGAAGUGACAACGAGGAAAGCAGUGAGCAGAAAACUGGGUUCAGCAAACCUGGGGGAGGAUCUGCACACUCAAAUCGCCAGUACCGACAGAGGUCGCCUUCAUCUGGGAGUGGAGACGAGAGGCAAACAGAGAGGCGCAGAGACAAAACUAAAAAGAGCCAUAGAGACAGAGAGAGGGACAGGCACCGGGGCAGGGAAAAGAACAACAAACAUGGAGACAGAAGAAGUGACAAGGACAGAAGAAAAGACAGGGAGAGAGAUCGAGGUAGGGACAAUGACAGAAGCAGAGGCAGGGGGGACACAGAGAGGGAAGAAAGGCAUAGAAAGAGAGAAAGGAGUCCUAAAGAGAAAGAGAAAAAUGCUGAAAGAGAGAAGAGAAGGCAUUCAAAUGACGACAAACGAAAGGACAAACAUCAGGAGGAAGAGAAGGAGAGAGAGAAGGAACCCGAGAAGGAGAAGACGGCAACAAGUGACGUAAAAGACGCCGAAACGGAGGUAACGGUCAAGGAAGGUGUGAAGAAAGAAGAAGAAAAACAGGAAAAGGAAAGCGAGGAGAAGGAAGAUGCUGAGGAAAAGGCAAACAAGUUUGCAAAGCGCAGCACGGAUCAGACUGUGAGUUCGGCUCGAGAGCGGUACAUGGCGAGACAGAUGGCGCGCUCAGCCUGUAAGACCUACAUCGAGAAAGAAGAGAACUGAUCUUAGGCGAACACGACAAAAACAUGUUCGUCUCAGCUUACAGGACAUUUGGCUGAUUUAUCAAACAAAAACACGUUUUGAAAAGAUACUUGUUUUUCUUUUGUCAACAUUUUCUCCUCACUCACCCUGUUAUUCCAAUGAUGAUUUAUUUAAAGGCUAAAUAAACAUAUAGUUUCAUUUAACAACCCUAAAGCCUCUGUAGAA